UAGCACUACCGAUAGGCGAAGAGGCUAGGGCUAUCGGCACAUUUGUGUUGCCUAAAUAUUUGUUAAUAUUAUUUUUAUUAAUAUUGAAAACUAAAGUGCUGUAUAAAAAAUGUCACUACUAACACAGAGCAUGCGCCAGCUGCUGCGCCACACAACACAGCGCGCCACAUUAAGCGGUGCAAUGCGUGCUCUGAGCUUAUCUCCCACACUUCAGCAGCAAAACAAACCCGCAACAAUUGAUGUGUCUGCCAUUGCAAAGGAGCAUCAGAAGGAGUGUCAGACAGUAUGCGAGCGAAUCAAUCAGCAGGUGGCUAAAUCCGAACAGGGCCGGCUAUUCGCUGUGGUUCAUCUGUGUGGCAAGCAAUUCAAGAUUACACCUGGAGACAUCAUUCUAGUCGAGGGCUAUUGGCCACCAACGAUAGGCGAUGAGAUUAGUCUCGACAAAGUGCUGCUGGCGGGUGCCCGUGACUUCACAUUGAUUGGUAGGCCUAUUUUGGAAGCGGGCCUGGUCACUGUUAAGGCCACCAUUAUCGAGAAGACACUGACGCACACGAAGACACACUUUAAGAAGAAGCGCAGGAAACAGUAUAUGCGCAUCAACUUCCAGCGAUCUCCCAAUACAAUGAUCCGCAUCAACUCCAUUGAGCUGACUCGCCCGCUGGACAGCAAUGCAGAGCCGGAGGUAGAGCCAUCAAAACGUUUGUUUUAGUUAGCAACUUUGCCUUAUUGAAUUAAAUGUAUGUGUAAAAAGAUAAACAAAGUGUGAAAAGU